AUGUCUGGUCGACCUGGUCUCUGGGAAUCGCACGUGAGGGCAGAGAGCUCCACCUCGCAGGUCCAGUCAGGAAGCCAAGGCCGCUCUUCUCUUUGGGGCCAUACGGCUGCCUUUUCUACCUCCGACACUGCUCAGUACCGCCCGGCAGCCACUGUCAAUGGCGACAACCACAUGUCUGGUCAAAGUUACAUGAGCGGCAUUGGCAGCAGCACCAGGAACAGCGCCGCUCCCAGCCCUGUCCAUGGCAACGGCGAUGUAAAGGGAAAAGGCAGAGCAUCUGACAUCGGCCACGACAUGCUUCUGCUGAAUUCGGGCGGCUUGCCUCCAUGGACGUCCACAAUGGUGCCAUCGCACUCUCAGUAUCCGUACCCGAAACUUUCUCCCUCUCCAGGAUACGACGGGGCAUAUGUUCGCUCCCUCAACCGCGGCGGCAUGCCCAACCUACCGGUCCCCGGCUUGAUGAGCCCCUUUGCACCUGGUCACCACUCAUACCACCCUCAGCCCUCCGCUCCCUUUGACCCCAACGCACCUGGCCACCACUCAUACUACCCUCAGCCCUCUGUUCCCUUUAGCCCCAACGCACCCCGCCGGGAAUUCCCGUCAUUCUUCGGACCACAAAAUCCCGGCCAUGACGGCUCAGCGUGCCGCUGCUCGGCCUGCUCCAGUAGUUCGCAAGCCGUGUGCUUCCAGCAGCAGUUGGCCAAACAGCAGGCUUCGAUCAACGCAGUCUGGGAUGACGAGCGCAGUCGUUUCGAAGCAUGCCGGAGCCGGGUAGAAUACCUGGUUCGACAGGAGGGCAGAAUCAUACUGGACCACUACCGCCAAGGGUGGGACGAGGAAAGGGACAGACUGCAGUCCGAGAUCACCGCCCUGCGCAAUACCAUCAAGGGAUUCGAAGACGAGCACCUGCAGCUCUGCGAGGAUCACAGGAAGCUCUGGGUCGAAAACUUGAAGCUUCACGACGACAAUUCAAGGCUUCAGGAGGACAAUUCCAGGCUCAGGCAGACCGUCUCCAACUCAAGCGAUGCCCCCCUCCAAGCUCAAGGUGCUGUCGGGGGAGCCACUGUCCAUCACAGCAACGCCCCGUCCAUGUCUACCAACCCCCCGGAGCCCGCCGCCAGCAGCCAAGGGGGCAGGCCCAGCGGAUACAAUGGCAGUCGGGGCCCUCGCAAUCCCUGGUCCGCGUGGACCGACUCGUUGCCCAGGUCCACCACCUCCAUGGUAGACUCAACCUGGACCGUCCAGGCACCAACACGCGCCACACCCCGCAGCCCGCCGCCGCCGGCGCCCGCUGGCAUCUCGGCGUCUCAGGGCCCAGAGCUUUCUGAAUUGCCAUCCGAGCGAUACGCACUCACGUCACCUCAACCCGAGUACGGCAGCAACAUCAGCAGUCCCGUCCUUUCGCUCUUUCAAAGGUCCCCCGUCCCCUUGGGCCAAGCCUCGUCCACCUCAGCCCGUUUGGACUCACCCAUUCCAUUCUGUCCAGCCUCACCCAACCUGGUCCGUUCGGAGUCCGUCGCCUCAUACCACCCGGCCUCGCCAGUCCCGUUCCGUUUGGACUCACCAAUGCCGUUCUGUCCGGCCUCGCCCACUCUGGCCUGUCCGGCCUCGCCCAUGCCCAAGAGAAGCCCCAAGCGGCCGCUCUCCGUCAUCGACAUCAACGAGGUUGAUGCAGGACUCGAGGGCAUCUCUCUUAGGGCGAACACCGUUCGAAGAACCACUUUCGCGGAAGGUGCCUCGGAGGGAGCCCCUCCGUCCAAGAGACAACGAAGCCUGUCCCAGGAGUACUGCAUUGUCAACAACCUGCUCGAUGACGAUGCUGAAGCAGAGGUAGAAUACGACGACGACGAGAGGGACAAAGAGGAGGUGCGACGGCUGAAGAUGCACGCCGGACACACUCCUCCCCCCCAAUCGCCCCCUGCGCGCCACAGCCAGGGUAGCCCAACUCCGCUUGCCCCUUCUACCCCGCCGGAGCGCAAGCCGGUCAUUGUCGACGAUAUGGCCACGACCGAGUCUCUCCGUUCCGCGUCGGAGGAUUCGGGCGACGUGCCGCUUGUGGGCCCCCUGAUGAUGCUGAACAACCCUGCCGAGGACGAUAGUUUCCUGGCCGCUCUCAACGAGAAACUCGAGCCCAUCAGCCAGGGAGUCGAUGCCCUCCCCAGGGCGGUGCAGCCUUCGAUCGGACUGCCAGCAUCUGUGUCAGCCGAGGAACCCGAGGUCGGCGUCUUCAAGCGUGAGCAGCCCUCCUCAUUGCCCAUCAAGACGGAAGACAUCAAGCCUGAGGAGCACUCUCAUCCCAUCAUCAAGACGGAAGUCAAGACGGAAGACGUCAAGCCAUACAUCAAGGAUGAAGAUGACGAUGAUUACAGCGACGAUGCUAAAGGAGCGGAGCCUGAUGUGCCUAUCAAGUUCAAGUUCACGCGCAACUUUGGGGCGCCCUUUGGGAGGAUGUAG